AUGGACAAGUUUGGACAACCAAAGGGAUUUGCUUAUGUGGAGUUUGUCAAAGCCAAAGCUGUGCAAGAAGUUGUAGAAUUGAAUGAAUCAGAGUUACAUGGUCGUCAACUGAAGGUCUUGCCUAAGCGAACCAACGUUCCUGGAAUGAAACAGUAUCAUCCUAGGCGUUUCAACCCUUCAAUGGGUUACCGCUUUCGCCAGACCCAUUGUGCCACCUUAUAUGUAUUCCCCAUAUGGAUACGGACGACAAUGUCUCCUCAUAACAGGAAGGCUCCUAGGUUCAGAAGGCCGAUGCGGUACAUGCCUUACCAAUAG